AUGAAUUCUAAGGGGUUUCGAAAACAUGUUUAUUCCGAUUCAGAAGAAAUGCACUGGAGUACUGAUGUAUACCAUGCACCUGAAUUUACAUAUAGUAAUGUCCAUCUCUUACCAAAAACAAGUCAUUUAUGGAUAUUAUCAGGAAAUUCGUGCAGAUCCAGUAUAGUUCCUUUUUCGCUCCAUAAGGAUCAAGAUCAAAUGAACGUUCAUUCUCUUUCUAUCAAAAGAAGAUAUAUUUCUAGUCCUUCCGUAAAUUCCGUAAAUAAUGAUCAAGUUAAACCCAAAUUCUUUAGUUCAGAUUUUUCGGGUAAAAAACCAAGUAGGAUUCCUUAUUAUUCAGAACUUAAUCGAAUCGUAUGUACUGGUCAUUGUAAUCUCAUAUAUCCCGCGAUUCUCUACGAGAAUUCUGAUUUAUUGGCAAAGAGGCGAAGAAAUAAAUUCAUCAUCCCAUUCCAAUCAAUUCAAGAACAAGAAAAAAAACUAAUGACCCGCUCCUCGGCUAUCUCGAUUGAAAUACCGCUAAAUGGUAUUUUCCGUAGAAAUAGUGUUUUUGCUUAUUUUGACGAUCCCCAAUACCGAAGAAAGAGUUCGGGAAUUACUAAAUAUGGGGCUAUAGGGGUGCAUUCAAUCGUCAAAAAAGAAGAUUUGAUUGAGUAUCGGGGAGUCAAAGAAUUUAAGCCAAAAUACCAAAUGAAGGUAGAUCGCUUUUUUUUCAUUCCCGAAGAAGUGUAUAUUUUACCCGAAUCUUCUUCCCUAAUGGUACGGAACAAUAGUAUCAUUGGAGUAGAUACACCAAUCACUUUAAAUACAAGAAGUCGGGUGGGCGGAUUGGUCCGAGUGGAGAGAAAAAAAAAAAAAAUUGAGCUUAAAAUCUUUUCUGGAGAUAUCCAUUUUCCGGGAGAGACAGAUAAAAUAUCCCGACACAGUGGUAUCUUGAUACCACCAGGAAUGGUAAAAACAAAUUCUAAGGAAUCAAAAAAACAGAAAAACUGGAUCUAUAUCCAACGAAUCGCACCUACCAGGAAAAAGUAUUUUGUUUUGGUUCGACUAGUAAUCAUAUAUGAGAUAGCGAACGGUAUAAAUUUAGAAACACUUUUCCCCCGGGAUUUAUUGCAGGAAAAGGAUAAUCUGAAACUUCGAGUUGUCAAUUAUAUUCUUUCUGGAAAUGGUAAACCGAUUCGAGGAAUUUCUGACACAAGUAUUCAAUUAGUUCGUACUUGUUUAGUGUUGAAUUGGGACCAAGAAAAAAAAAGUUCUUCUAUCGAAGAGGCCCGCGCUUCCUUUGUUGAAGUAAACACAAAUGGUCUGAUUCGUGAUUUCUUAAGAAUCAACCUAGUGAAAUCCCAUAUUUCAUAUAUCAGUAGAAAAAGGAAUGAUCCAUCGGGUUCAGGGCCGAUCUCUAAUAAUGGGGCAAAUCACACCAAUAUUAAUCCAUUUUAUCCCAUCUAUUUCAAGACAAGGAUUCAACAAUCACUUAAACAAAAUCAAGGAACUAUUAGUACGUUGUUGAAUAGAAAUAAGGAAUGUCAAUCUUUGAUAAUUUUGUCAUCAUCUAAUUGUUUUCGAAUGGAUCCCUUCAACGAUGUAAAACAUCACAAUGUAAUAAAAGAAUCAAUUAAAAGAGAUCCUAUAAUUCCAAUUAGAAAUUCGUUGGGCCCUUUAGGAACAGCCCUUCAAAUUGCGAAUUUGUAUUUAUUUUACCAUUUAAAUUUAAUAACUCAUAAUCGGAUCUCAGUAACUAAAUAUUUGAAACUUGACAAUUUAAAACAGACUUUUCGAGUACUUAAAUAUUAUUUAAUGGACGAAAACGGGAGAGUUGUUAAUCCCGAUCCAUGCAGUAACAGUGUUUUGAAUCCAUUCAAUUUGAAUUGGUAUUUUCUCCAUCAUAAUUAUCAUCAUAAUUAUUGUCAUAAUUAUUGUGAAGAAAGCUUCACAAUAAUUAGCCUGGGACAGUUUAUUUGCGAAAAUGUCUGUAUGGCCAAAAACGGACCACAUCUAAAAUCGGGUCAAGUUAUAAUUAUUCACAUUGGCUCUGUAGUAAUAAGAUCCGCUAAGCCUUAUUUGGCCACUCCGGGAGCAACCGUUCAUGGCCAUUAUGGAGAAAUCCUUUACGAAGGAGAUACAUUAGUUACAUUUAUAUAUGAAAAGUCGAGAUCUGGUGAUAUAACGCAGGGUCUUCCAAAAGUAGAACAAGUGUUAGAAGUGCGUUCAAUUGAUUCAAUAUCGAUAAACCUAGAAAAGAGAGUUGGGGGUUGGAACGAAUGUAUACCAAGAAUUCUUGGAAUUCCUUGGGGAUUCUUGAUUGGUACUGAGCUAACUAUAGUGCAAAGUCGCAUCUCUUUGGUUAAUAAGAUCCAAAGGGUUUAUCGAUCCCAAGGGGUGCAGAUCCAUAAUAGGCAUAUAGAAAUUAUUGUACGUCAAAUAACAUCAAAAGUAUUGGUUUCAGAAGACGGAAUGUCUAAUGUUUUUUCACCCGGAGAACUAAUUGGAUUGUUGCGAGCGGAACGAACGGGACGUGCUUUGGAAGAAGCCAUCUGUUACCGAGCCAUAUUAUUGGGAAUAACGAGAGCAUCCCUGAAUACUCAAAGUUUCAUAUCCGAGGCCAGUUUUCAAGAAACUGCUCGUGUUUUAGCAAAAGCCGCUCUCCGCGGUCGUAUCGAUUGGUUGAAAGGCCUGAAAGAAAACGUUGUUCUAGGCGGUAUGAUACCCGUUGGUACCGGAUUCAAAGGAUUAGUACAAGGUUCAAGGCAAUAUAAGAACAUUCCUUUGAAAACCAAAAAGAAUAAUUUAUUCGGGGGGGAAUUUAGAGAUAGAGAUAUUUUAUUCCACCACAGAGAGUUAUUUUAUUCUUGCAUUUCAAAAAAUUUCUACGAUACAUCAGAACAAUCAUUUAUAGGAUUUAAUGAUUCCUAAGAGCGGAUUCAUCCUUUUUUUUAAUUAACGCGGUCCUGUGAUUUGUUACAUGUGAUUCGUUAAUAGUAAAGAAAUAAAGAAAUUAAGGAAUAGAAAGAAAUUAAUCGCUUGGAUCGUAUAUCAACGUCCAAUCUCCGGGAAAAGAGAAGGUUCCAUCGGAACAAUUAUUUAUUUCAAGGUACCCCGUCUCUCUUUUUUCUUUGAAAAAGAAAAAAAAAAAAGAGAGAGAGGAAGUGUGGGGAGAAAUGAUAAGAAGAUAUUGGAACAUUAAUUUGGAAGAGAUGAUGAAAGCAGGAGUUCAUUUUGGUCAUGGUACUAGAAAAUGGAAUCCGAGAAUGG